GUGGAAUUUAUGCAGCCGGUAUAAAAAUAUUUUGUUAGUCGUAUCUGUGCAGAUGUUCAAAUAACAUUCUAGCUAAAUUAGUGAUUCAUCUAAAUAUAAAUUUCCUAAGAUAGUACUUAUUUAGCUUUUAAUUGCUUAGUUCUGGAUUGUGUAAUUCUUCUUUCAAUUCCACCCACUUUUGUUGUCUAAUGGGUACUUUAGCGCCAGCAUACUGCAGUGCACUUAAGUAAAAGUGUGCAUAUGCAUAUGCAGGUAGAUACAUGCAUAUGAAUAUGUAUGUACAUACAUAUAUAAAAAUUUCAAAUACUGCAAAUUGUUAAUUCGCGAUCGAUGAAUGAGCGCGAUCAGUGACGUCUAUAUUUAGCGAAAUAGCGGUUUGUUUACUGAUAUUUUUUUUUUUACAUACAUAAUGUUCUUAACUUGAUAGAUUACAACAACGCAGACGCAGGCACGUGUAUAAUAAGCAUAUACGAGUGAUCGGUAACAAAAUUGAUGGGAGCAGUGGCAAUAGAAUCAGCAGCAGCAGCAGCAGCAGCAGCAGUGAGGGUAGUAGUGACGACAAACAAUAUGAUUAUAGUAUUAAACAAAAAUGUGAGACUCCGCCGUCCUAGUGAUCGAAAUAACUACGACUGCAUGCCAGUUUGUCUUAGCAAUGGGUGGCAGCAUGUACUGUCGCACCUGUGCAGCAAUUCCUGGUCACACAGCCGACAAAAUGAUCGACAUUUUCGCAAACGCUAAAAUAGUUACACUUUUAAAUACUCUGAAGGAAUGGAAAUUGAAUAUUACGCCGGGUGAUCACUUGCCCCAUAGUAUUUGUGAGAAGUGUGAAUUGGCGCUAAUGCAAAUGGAUAAAUUUAGAGUACAAGCAUUGAAUGCUAAAACGUACCUGCAAUCGCAAUUGCUUUCGUUGGAGACGACGACGACUGGGUAUGCGGACGCAAUCAGCGACAAUGAAAAUGACCUUCAAGCUGAAACAAAUUGCGGUGGAGUGAAGACGUUCAACGAGGAAGCCAUACUGGGCACAUUCUCAACAGUAUUAACCGAGAUCAAAGCUGUGCAUGUGGAUCAAGAGUUAUCGAACAAUACUACUGCAAGCACAAACGAGAAAGAGAACGAAGAACAAUUGAAUAGCUUAGAAUCGGGUUUGAUUGCAGUCAACGGGCAAACCGGUGAGUUAUCGUUUGAUUCGAAUAUUGAGUCUAGCAGACCACCCGAUUUUCAGGUAGUACUAAUUGAAGAGGAGGAGCACAUAGAAUUACAGUGGAUUAAUGAAGACGAAAAUGCUGUCGAGAAGGGAGUUCAAAUAACAGAUAAUGAAAGUUCCGAAUGCAGCGAGCACAUGGGAGAGUUCGAAGCACAAUUUGACAUCAAUAAUAACUCAGCAGACACUACGAUAUCUGAGCAUAUGAUUUGUAAUAGCAUAAAGCGACUCCGAGGUAAAAGUGAGCUAUCAGAAAAAGGAGGAGAAGUCUUUUUAGUUAAUAAUAUUCCAAUUGAAUCGCAAGAACCCAUAAGACGAUCAAUUAAAUUGAACAAACAUUUUGAAAAAAAUGAAGGUAAAGAAAAGUCUUGUACAAUUUCACAAAAUCAUAAAGGUGAAGAAAAUCGUACUACAGAAAUCCAAAAGUACAAUGUACUUUCCGAUGUUUAUACAUUGUCAACAUCUGGCGAUUUGGAAAAGACUAAUCAACUCUCAUUGGGCUUCACACAAACCCUAAAUCAAAUGUCAGCCCCUACGUUCGAUGCAAUGGAUUUCACGGCAGAACAUCAAGCGCAAAUAAAUGAAUUUGAAGCAUUGUUAGCUGCAAUAAAUAAACAAGUGGCUUCGUUUGAAUCUAGCAAAGAGCCAAAUAUGUAUUCGAUCGAUGAAUUACAAUCAGUGCUAAUGAGUGACCUUACACUACAGAUGAUCGACGCAAAUGUAAACAUCUUGGAAGAAGAUUUACAAAUAGACGAAUUUGAGUCAUUGCUGGCAUCAGUUGAUGAACAAGCUUCCACAUUGGGAUCGAUAAGAUCGUCCAAGAGAAAGACAGAACCGGAUGAAGCAUCUGCAUCCACAGAUCCAAAAACUGAACCUUCAAAGGAAUUGGCAAACACUGUAAAAAUAUUCCCUCAUCAUUCUGACAUGGAAAAAAAGGAAACAACAAUACAUACGCCUAUGUGCGACAAAAAAAAUAUCGAGCCAAAAACUUCGGACACGUGCGCAACGGAGCUGCUAUCUAAUGUUACACUUUAUGCCCACGAUCAGAUAUUGCCAAAUGUUGUAAAACGCAUAGAUUGUGUUGAUAAUGCAUCAAACGAAUCUCAUAGAAAUGCAGAUAUUGAAGAUUUGUUAGCCGAAGCUAGUAUGCGCAAAAAUAAAAACGGAUGUGAUGACAACGGAAAUACGCCUCCGCUGAUCAAUAAGGCCCAACACAAAAUUUUCACUGUGCACGCACGUUCAGAUAAGAAACUUUCAAAUAAAUUUCGUUGUCGCCUGUGCGUGUACAAAGUAUCCGAACAGCCAGCCUUCGAUACUGCAGAGCUCCUCGAGGAACACAUAGCAUCAAUACAUGAUGACAAAGAGCGCCCAUAUAACUGUCCUGAUUGCGCGGCGCGAUAUCGAACCCGUAGCGGCUGUGUAGCACACAUAAAUGCCAUACAUCUCAAAAAAGGCGACAGCUGCGAGUUGUGCGGCAAAGUUGUUGCCGGCGGAUCUGGUCAAAUGCGCAUGCACAUGGAGCGCAAUCACACACAUGGAAACUACACCUGUGAAAUUUGUAACCUGGAGCUGAAAAAUGUUUCACUUUAUAAUUUUAAAUAUCACAAGAGGUGGCACAAUGAAGAGAAAUUAUGGCGCUGCGAACUCUGUGAGAAAGCAUUUGUAACGCGCACUCAUCUGAUGGCACACAAAGUAAAACACACGCGCCAGGGCGAAUUUCUAUGUACACGAUGUGGAAAGAGCACGCGCAGUAAAUGGGAACUUC